AUGACAAGUGCAAGAGAUAUAAGAAAAUUUAGUUCCCUUCUCCAUGAGGACCAAGUCUAUACUUUUCUAGAUGGGUUAGAUGACCAAUUGGACAAGGCCCGGAGUGACGUCCUACAAAUACAUCCAUUUCCCAUGGUGGAACAGGCGUAUGCAUAUGUAUGCCAAGAAGACAUUCGUCAAGCUGUCAUGCUUGGAAGAACCGAGACCACGACUAACACUAUCAUGGCCUCCAAUUGCACCAAGAUGCGGCCAGGACAACCUCCAUCUAUUCAGUUGUCCCCAAAGAUGCCAAUGGGUAGUGAAAAAGUCUCUAAUCUCAACCGGGGCAAGUCGGCCAUUAUGAGAAUCUCAAGCACACCCAUAAAACCUGUUUCAAACUUCAUGGGUAUCCAGAGUAGUGGCACGACCUUAAGGCGCGGAAGGCCCGUGAGAUCGGGGGUGGUUCGGGUUGGGCAGCACAAGUUGAGGCAACACACAAUUGUCCCUCAUCCUGAUAUUCUCACCAAGAAGAUCAUUGGGCAUGGUACUAAGAGGGAGGGGCUGUACAUGUACUACAUGGAAGACUUCUGUCUGGGUCGGGCUCAUGUGAUGCAUCCUGUGCAGAGAAUAUUCACUGCAGAUGCUUCAUUCUACGACUACUCAGCCAGCAUUGACUGUCAGGAAAAUCCGCCAAGAGCACAGUACAAGGGGGGAAUUGUACAAAACCCAGAGUUCGAUGCACCCUUGGGCAAAUCGUGGGAACCCUUUGGAGGUGCAAAAAUAGAAUUGAGAGAAUCAGCAACAGGAAGAAACAAGUUCAUUGUGGCUCACAGCAGAAACAACCCCUUCGACAGCUUCUCCCAAAAGUUCUUCCUGCGAAGUGGCCACCACUACACCUUCUCUGCUUGGUUGCAGGUGAGCGGCGCUGGAAAAGCAGCGGUGGCGGCAGUUUUCAAGACGAAAACAGGGUACAAGCCUGCGGGGGCAAUAGUGGCGGAGUCUGGGUGUUGGUCCAUGCUCAAGGGUGGCGUUACCAUGGACGCACCCUCCUCCACUGCACACCUCUAUUUCGAGAACAAAAACACUUCAGUUGAGAUAUGGGCAGAUAGCAUCUCAUUUCAGCCUUUCACGGACGAGGAGUGGCGCUCUCAUCAUCAACAAAGCAUUGAAAAGACGAGGAAGAGCAGGAUAAAGUUUCAUGCAGCCGAUGCAAAAGGGAAUCCCCUUGCUGGCGCAUCCAUUUCCAUCAAACAAAAGAAACCUCGUUUCCCAUUCGGGAACUCCAUGAACAAGAACAUCCUCACAAACCCUAGAUACCAGAAGUGGUUCGCCUCCCGGUUCACGGUCACCACCUUUGAGAACGAAAUGAAGUGGUACGACACCGAAGUGUACCCCGGCAGGGUGGACUACUCCGUCCCUGACGCCAUGCUCCAUUUCGCCCAACAGAAUAACAUCGAUGUCCGCGGCCACAACAUCUUGUGGGACGAUUUCCAGUACCAGCCCUGGUGGGUGAAAUCUCUUUCUCCAUCCCAACUCGCCGCCGCCGUCGCUAAAAGAAUAAACUCCGUAGUUAGCAGAUACGCCGGCAAGCUCAUCGCGUGGGACGUUCUCAAUGAGAACUUGCAUUACUCCUUCUAUGAGAACACGCUCGGGAGGGGUGCUACGGCAGGGUUUUACCAGAGGGCUUGCCAGAUCGACGGGAGGGCCACCUUGUUCAUGAAUGAGUAUAACACCAUAGAGAUGAGCCAGGACUGGUCGUCUUCGCCGGCGAGGUAUCUUCAGAAGCUUAGAGAGAUCCGGGGUUCUGCAGCAAGUUGCAAAAUGGGAAUUGGACUUGAGGCUCAUUUCACGGGUGCUGCUCCUAACUUGGCCUAUAUGAGGGCUUCCAUUGAUACUCUUGCAGCUGCAGGGUUACCCAUGUGGAUUACUGAACUGGAUCUUCAAUGGAGUCCCUAUCAGGCACUUUACUUAGAGCAAGUUUUAAGAGAGGCACAUGCACAUUCAAGAAUAAAUGGGAUCGUAAUGUGGGCUUCGAUGUCUUCCAAAGGGGAAUGUUAUCGAAUGUGCUUGACUGAUUACAAUUUGAAUAACCUACCAACGGGAAACAUUGUAGACAAGUUAAUUUCAGAGUGGAGUCACAAAGGCUUCAAGGGAAAAACAGAUGCAGAAGGUUUGCUUGAGACUUCACUUUUCCAUGGAGACUAUGAAGUGAUGAUAAGUCAUCCAACUGUGAUGAAUUCCUCCAUAUCUCAAAGCUUUAAAGUGGAAUCAAUAGACACAUUACACGAAAAAUCAUUGCUUGUGAAGGUCUCUAUAUGA